GUUUAUAUUCACAUAUUUUGCUGCAGAGUUAAAAGUUCUUACAAUGAAGGCCCCUUCCUACAUCUUGACGUUUCAAAUGCGAUUACAAACGAAACAUUCGUAGAUGUCGACCUACAUCACCAUGGAAAACGUUGCGGAAAACGAAAUCGACAUUUAUAUUUCUCACAUGCCAAAGAAACAAAAGCAAAGUUCAUCUCCUUGACAUGCCAUAACAACCCAAAAAAACAGUGCAUUGUAGUUCAGUCAGACUGGGCAAAUAUAGUUAUUCAAAACUCAACUUUUUACAACCAAUCUGUCGAUUCCAAAACGUCAGGUUCUUGCUUGUCUCUAACAGCUAGUAUUGAUGCAUCUUUAAGAAUCGUGAACUCUAACUUCCAUAACAAUGAAGCUGGCGCCGGCGGAUCGAUUUUUGCCAAUAGCAAACAUGGACUUCUAAAAGUCGAUCUUACUAACGUAACAUUCAGUAAAUGUAAAGCUGCCAGGUAUGGAUGCGUGAUAUCAAUUGGAAGAACCGCUCAAGGCCCACCAAAAAGUCAUUGGGGUCCCCACAGGUUAUAUUUUACUCUCAGGAAUGUAACCGUUCAGCAGUGGGAAGGAAAUCAUAGAAACGAAACAGAAAGGUGUAUAGGUGUAGAUGUUGUGCUAGAUGGUGGAAUUGUGACAUUAGAGGGAUCCACGUUUACGAAGAAAAUGUCAAGAGGCAAUGGAGCUUUCAGUCUGGUUACCACUGGAGGCAAAACUAACAUCUCAAUUUCAAACUGCACUUUUAAGGACACUUCUAUGGACAAAUCGAGAGGGAAGAUUGUCUACAUAGUCUCCGGAAAUGGAAACGCAGGGAUGGUUACAAUUUCGAACAGUUUCAUAGAAAACGGAGGAAACAGAAAAGUAGCUUUGUUCAUAAGUCCCAGGUACUACAUUAAACUAUUCAACGUUACAUUCAACUCUCUUAAAUAUGGAUUACAAACAGUGUCAUCUCCGCCAAAAAACGGCUCUUUUCCAAUUGAUAUUCUCAUUGAUAAAUGCUCCUUUAUCGAUAAUACACAUGAUGCCAUGUUUACACUUCUUGAUCCAACAUCAGUCCAACUAACCAUUAAGAACACGCUUUUUAGCACCAGAAGCGAAAUAGUAAAAUGGGACCAAAGUGACUUCGGCUAUGCUAUUAGCCUCGUCAUCCCGCCACUUAAACAUGUCAAUUUUUCAAAGGCAGUAAUUCAACUUGACCAUAACGAAUUCCACCGCAGAUCGGCCAGCUAUUUUGUUCUUUUAUUCGAAGGCUUCAAAAACGUGACAGUUAAACACUCUUCCUUUCGUAAUUGUCGUGUCAGUGCUUAUAAACUGGAAUGGGAUAAUCAUAAAACCAGUUUAUUUUUCGAACCAACAGCAGGUGCCAUCUCUAUCUUAUUCAAUCCAGACAAACCGCUCAGUCUGGGAUGUGUGAAAUCCAAAAGCGCUAAAGAGACACACCCUUCAUGGAACUAUAGUAGUCAUGUGCUCUUUGAAAAUACAAAGUUUGAAGAAAACUUAGGAAUUGAAGUUGGGGCUGUCCAUAUAAGCAAUGGCUUCACGAAAUUCCGAAGAUGUGUGUUUGUCAACAACUUUGGCAUUCGCAGAUGUGGACACGUUCAUUCUGCAUUUGGAACUGGCCGCGUAGAAUUCGAACAUUGCUCUUUUUUGAAGACAAUGGAAAGUGCGACAAUUUCAGACGGCUCUCAAUUUGAUAAAGGUGUCUUCCUUUACUCUGAAAGUGGAGGUCCCUUGAUAUUUAAAAACACAUCAAUGACCUCACUAAAAUUUAACAGGAGCUCUUAUCCGAUUGUUGACAUUUCCAGUGGGGGAUUUGUUCACAUGGAUGAAAAGUCCGGGAUGAAAUGUAACAAAGGAGAGGCUCUUCUAUUGGAAAAUGGUACGCAUUUUCAAUACACGGAGAAAAACAAACGCAUUUGUGUAUUAAAUGUUACCGUUUUGAAAUAUUCGUGCAAACCCUGCCAUCCGGGCUACUACAGCCUUCAAAAGGGGGUCUCCGAAGGCUUAUUGGUAGCCUCUAGGGCUGAGUGUCGUCCAUGUCCGUUUGGAGCCACCUGUAUUGAGAGGAACAUUGUUGCGAAACCAAACUUCUGGGGUUAUGUAGCACCUGACAAUCCAUCAAUGCUGAAAUUAAUUGCUUGUCCUGAAAAUUAUUGUCCAUUAACUUCGUCAAUAGACUACAGCAGCUGCCAAGGAAACAGAAACGGUACUCUCUGUGGACGGUGUGCUGAUGGGUUCACUGAGACUCUUUUAUCGACUGAAUGCCGCAAGUCUACCAAAUGCAACGACAGUUCUGUGUGGGUUGUGACCAUAUCGCUAACAAUCACACUGGCUAUCUAUCUUUUGACCAAGCCCCCAAUCUUGUGCACCCUAGGAAAGCAAAUCUUAUGGUUCAAGAAAUCAGAUGAAUAUCAGCCGGGAGAAGGAUCGGACUUCAAUGGUGGUGGUGAACAUUCCGAGAGUGGCUUCUUGAAAAUUACGUUUUACUUU